AUGGACCUCUUGAUCCGGGACUCGGCACCCGCCGCCGAGCCAGCGCCGCCGCCCACGGCCACGACGCAGACGCAGACGCAGACACAGCCGGGCUCAGUGGUGAAAUUCGACUCGUCCGGCGCCGACUUUGGGUUUGGCCUGUGGCCGCCGGAUCCCUGGGAGGUGCUGCUGCAAGAUACCAUCGGGCCAGCGCUGUGGGACGAGACGCAUAACGCGAAUGCCGCCCCGGCCGUGCCGUGGGAUAUCGACACGCUGCUGGGCGGCUCGACGACGCGGACGCAGGAGAGCGCCGAGCGCGGCGGCAACGCCGUGCCACCGAGAGGUGGCGGGAUUGGCCCCCGCUUGCUCGCGAGGUUGAUGGUCACCUGGCCUGAAUUCGCACUCUCAGUGCACGAGUUCAAGGACGCCAUCGGGCUGUACUGGACGCAUGUGGCCCCCUCGUUCCCGUUCAUUCACCGCGGCACAUUCGACGUGGACAAUGCGCCUGCCGAGCUCCUCGUCAUGAUGGCCGUGACGGGCCUGGCGCGCAGCACACACGGUACGCGGCGCGACGACCGCGGACUCGUGCGCCGCAUCCGCGCCCGCCUCGUCGAGGACCGCUUCGGCCUCGAGAUGGACCUGGCCACGCUGCAGGCCUUCACCCUGUGCCACGUCUACGACGUGUGGCACGGCGACACCGAGACGCUGUUCAUCGCGCAGUGCAUGUGGCCCGUCGUUGUUGCCCACUCGCGCAAGCAAGGGAUCGGCGUUGCCGGCGUCCACGCCCCCGACGGGCGCGGCGCCGCGGCCUGGGUCGCCUGGGCAAAGGACGAGGAACGCCGGCGUGCAGCGUACAGCAUUCUCUAUAUUGACACGCAAAUCUCGGCAUUCUGGUCCCAGCACCCGUCCCGCCAGCUUUCAAUCUUUGCGCACAACAUCAAGCUCCCGGCCCCGCGCGCGCAGUGGGAGGCCAUGACGCCCGCCGACUGGCUGCGCGCGCGCGAGGGGUCUGAUGGAGGUAACGGCGGGUCUGGAUCUGGAUCCGGCGCUGGAGCUGGGACAGGAGCGCAGCGCCGUUCUGGCGGCGCCAAUGGCAGCCACAGCCAUAGCCAUAACCCCAACGGCACCGACUCCAAGUCGUCCGGCUCGAACCGCACGGGAUACAUGCCGGGCCUGCAUCCCGAGUUUCAAGUCUCGGUCGUGACCGAGGGCUACUCGUCGGCAGUCCUCGCCGCGCUGGCCGGGGACGGCACGCCCAUCCGCAUCGACCUCGACAACUCGUUCCAGGUCAUGCUGGUCCUCUCGGGCCUGUGCGCGAUCGCCUGGGACUGCCGCACGCGCGGCGGGAUGGGCAUCCGGUUCCGCGACGGCACGAAACACUGGCGCACCGUCGUCCGCAACGCCGUCGUGGGCCUGCGCGCCGCGUACGAGCACGGCACGGCACACUUGCCCAGCUGUACCGAGAUGCGGGAUGUGCGCGACUACCUCGCCAUUUCGAUCAUUGCGAUUCUCAGCGAUAUACCCAUGUUGCAGGUCGCGGCGGGCGCAUCGAACAUUUGCGGCGCGAGCAGUGAGUCACCCGACGCCAAGCGGAGCGAGGCCGCCUCCAGCCUUGUAACCCACACCUGUGCUGACACUCUACCUACAGUCGGCCCCAAACAGUUUUCCGACGGCAGGCGCCGCCUGCGCCUGUGGGCCACCACGCCCGACGCAUGGACGUGUCUGUGGCAGUCGGCACGCUACCUCCGCGAGGCUCUCUUCGCCGACUGGGGGCUGUACUCUCCCUGGGCCGUGUUCUUGACUACAGUGGGUACAGCCCGGACGUGGCUGGGUGUUCACCGAAGCCUCACACCCGCGUUUUUCUUCUUUUCUUUCUGUUUCUCUCUGCUCACACCUCCAGCUCGUCGUGUGGGCCUACGGCACGGCCGCGUCGCCCGCGGACCGCCCGCUCCCUGGUCCCAGCGACAGCCCGCACGCGUCGGCCACGGCGCUCCUGGACCUCAUCUUUGCGUCGCCCACGCGCGUGGCCACGCUCGACAUGGGCGUCGCGGACCUGGUCGUCACUGUCGCGGCCAAGCUCGAGGCGGGCGGCCACGGACAGCCGAUCGAUAG